AUGUCGACGGGCCUCCGGGGCGCCGGGCUCCCGAGCUGGAAGCGCCACAUUGCGGACGAGCUGCGGCGGCGGGACCGGCUCCAGAGGCAGGCCUUCGAGGAAAUCAUCGCGCAGUAUAAUAAGUUGCUGGAGAAAUCAGACCUACAGUCGGUGUUGGCUGACAAACUACAAGCAGAAAAACACGACUUGCAAGGCAGGCAUGAAAUCAGUCCAGGACAUGAUGGCUUGUGGAAUGAUGCUCAAUUACAAGAAAUGGCCCAGCUGAGAAUUAAACAUCAAGAAGAAUUAACUGAAUUACAUAAGAAACGUGGGGAGUUAGCUCAAUCGGUGAUUGACCUGAAUAACCAGAUGCAGCAGAAGGACCGGGAGAUGCAGAUGAAUGAAGCAAAAAUUGCUGAAUAUUUGCAGAAAAUCAGUGAGCUGGAAGCUGAGUGCCAAGAACUUCGCAAUAAGCUUCAGGACUUUGAAAGAGCCAACCAGACCCUAAAGGAUGAAUAUGAUGCCCUGCAGAUCACCUUUACUGCCUUAGAAGAGAAGCUGAGAAAGACUACUGAGGAUAACCAAGAGCUGGUCACUCGCUGGAUGGCUGAGAAAGCCCAGGAGGCCAAUCGUCUCAAUGCAGAAAAUGAAAAGGACUCCCGACGCCGCCAGGCCCGGCUGCAGAAGGAACUUGCUGAAGCUGCCAAAGAGCCAUUGCCUGUAGAACCGGAUGAUGACAUAGAAGUGCUUGUGGAAGAAGCUUCAGACGCAGCCGAGGAGACGUCGCCCGUUCGAACACUCAGCCGGACCGCCACUAAGCGAAUCUCCCAGCCUGCUGGAGGCCUUCUGGACUCUAUCACUAAUAUCUUUGGUCUGUCCGAGUCUCCCCUUUUGGGACACCACCCUUCUUCUGAUGCUGCCAGGAGGCGUUCUGUCUCCUCCUUCCCUGUUCCUCAGGAUAACUUGGAUGCUCCUCCUAGUUCUAAUAAAGAAGUUCGGGUGCCCACCACGGCAGUCUAUGUCUUCGACGCUCAUGAUGGAGAAGUUAAUGCUGUGCAGUUCAGCCCAGGCUCCAGGCUACUCGCCACAGGAGGCAUGGACCGAAGGGUUAAACUCUGGGAGGUGUUUGGAGAUAGGUGUGAGGCAAAGGGCUCCCUCUCUGGCAGUAAUGCAGGAAUUACCAGCAUUGAAUUUGACAGUGCCGGAUCUUAUCUCUUAGCAGCUUCAAAUGAUUUCGCCAGCAGGAUCUGGACUGUGGACGAUAACCGAUUACGGCACACGCUCACGGGGCACAGCGGCAAAGUCCUGUCUGCCAAGUUCCUGCUGGACAACGCACGGAUUGUUUCAGGAAGUCAUGACCGGACCCUCAAACUCUGGGAUCUGCGCAGCAAAGUCUGUAUAAAAACAGUAUUUGCUGGCUCCAGUUGCAAUGAUAUCGUCUGCACAGAACAGUGUGUGAUGAGUGGACAUUUCGACAAGAAAAUCCGUUUCUGGGACAUACGCUCUGAAAGCAUAAUCCGAGAGUUGGAGCUGCUGGGAAAGAUCACGGCUCUUGACCUGAAUCCAGAGAGGACAGACCUGUUAAGCUGCUCCCGAGACGAUCUGCUCAAAAUUAUCGACCUACGAGUCAAUGCCAUCAAGCAGACCUUCAGCGCUCCGGGAUUCAAGUGUGGGUCUGACUGGACCCGAGUCGUGUACAGCCCCGAUGGCAGCUACGUGGCAGCCGGCUCCGCAGAAGGCUCCCUCUAUGUCUGGAACGUGCUCACAGGCAAGGUGGAGAAGGUGCUCUCGAAGCAGCACAGUUCUUCAAUUAAUGCGGUGGCCUGGUCACCUUGUGGCACGCAUGUGGUCAGUGUGGACAAAGGAAACAAAGCUAUUCUGUGGUCUGACUACUGACCGAUGGCAUAGGAAAAGCGGACUCCCCCGUGCCACCCCUGGAGGGGAGCUGCCCCCGGCGGCGGAGGCUUGAGGAAGGCUCAGGCUAGAGCUGCUGUUCCUUGGACAGUAAAAGCCUCGAGGACUAAUGCCGAGAGUCAUCGGACACUGCGGGGGAUGUCGGGGCUGGAGCCCCGGGCGCCGGCUGGGUCCCCUCGUGCACAGCAGUGCCAAUUAUCCCAAAUAUCCAUGUUCAUUGUCCUUUAGCACUUUCCCCCAUCCCUGAGGAGUUAGGAAUGAUUCGCGGUUCUGGUCUGACCCAAAGCCCACUAUUCUUUGGGUCCAACAAGCUGACUCGGGCGUUGGGUUAAGGGGAACCUGGAGUAGGGAGAGGCGGGUCCCAGUGGUUUGGGCCAUGAGCAAGUCUGGCCGUCUGUUCCGUUUACAUUCUCUGUCUGGUCUCCUCGAGCCGCCCUUCCCAGAAGUCACCGUUCUGCGUUAGCCGCGGCCCACGGGAGAACCGGAGUAGGAAACGUUCCCCGUCUGUGGGUCAGUUUGAGGAAGGCUGGAGGCCGGAGCUGGCCCGAGAGCCCCGCGGCAGGGAGGAGCGCGGCUUUCCUCUCGGUCCUUUCCUGGUCUGCUCCGUCCCACCGUGUUCUCCAAGCGGGCUUCUGUUAAGUCGUUGCUAGCUCGCGAGGGGUCGAGGCCUUGAAUGUAUUACUCUGGGACUCGGGCCCUCGCCGUGACCCGUCCCCUUCGCCAGGCAAUACCUCUGGGGCUUGACAGAAGCAGCGUGAGGAGGCCCGGGACGGGGCGGAGCCGACCCACUCAACGUUUAUCCAAACUCGACCCUUUCCCCUGUGUAUGAAAUUCUAAUUAUGUCAGACGGGCUUCUGGGCCACCUGUCAUUGUCUCCGUCUAAUUUGCACUUUAUUUUGCUUCCUUCCUAAACUGCUCUGUCUGCAGUUUGGGAAGCGUGUCUUAGAGCUGGCUGAAAGGCCUCGGGUCUCAGGCGCCUCAUCUGCAAAGUGGAGGUGCUGAACUCCGGGAGCCCCACGGUUCCUCCCAGCUCCCAGUCUGGUCCUUCUCCCCUCUUGUUCUCGGCACCCCUCACACUACCCUGAUCCCAUUUCUUGAUUCAGGCAACCUCUCUGGAAAGGAGUUGAAUGAAAUACACAGACCUGGACACCUCUUUUAUUUAUUUUAUUAUGCUGCCCAGGAGAACUCAACUGUAAAUAAAUAAAUUCUGCUUUAAACAUUU